AUGAGUAUGGAGGACCUGUCCCCCGCGACGGCCAAUGUCGAAACCUCCGACGCCGGCGUGAAGCGCAAGCGCCCGGAGGGUGAUGCGCUGGAGCGCAAUGCCCCGGCCGCCACGCGGCGGCCCGGGGCCCCGGCCGCCUCCGGCAAUGCCCCGGCCCCCUUCUUCGAGAAGGACUUCGGCAUUGAGCUCUACAUUUCCUCCGAUCUGCCCCCCAUCCCGGGGCUCAUCAAGUACCGGUACUCGGAUUUCAUUGUCAACGAGAUCGCCGAGGAUGGCACGGUCAUCCGCGUCACCGAGAUGAAGCCCCUGUGCGAUGAGGUCCCGGCUGCGGCUGCGGCUGCGGCUGCGGCCGCGCCCCCCGAGGCUGCUGCUUCUGAGCCCGCUGCCGCCGCGCCCGAGGCGACGCCCGCCGCCCCGGCCGGGCCUUCGGAGGAUGCCCAAGCUGGCUUGGCCUUUUUGAGCCGUCUGCUUGGGGAGGACAUCCUCGCCGAGCUGAAGGAAAUGAACGCCGCCGCCGAGAGCGACCCCACCCUCAAGCGCACCACCCACUUCAAGGCCCCCGAGGACAAGGACGAUCGCCGGCAGCUUCACAAGGCCGUGCGUGAUGCCCUCCCCCGGCUGGAGACCUCUUUCGUCCGGCCCGGCGAGCGUGGGUAUCCGGCUGCCCCGGUCGACUCGGCCGAUGCCGCUCCUGCCCCGACCGACACCAUGAUCGCUGUGUCGGUGGCCAAGUUCGUGCAGGGCCAGCGGUCGCGUCGCUCGACCGGCGGCGGCCGUGCCGGCAAGCGCGGCCUGCCUGCCUGGCCCGAGGACCGGCCCCGGUACUGCGAGUUCCACCUGGUCAAGGCCAACCGCGACCACUACAACCUGGUGUUCCUCCUGCAGAAGAUGCUGCGCACGGGCAACAAUGUCUUUUCCAUCGCCGGCACCAAGGACAAGCGGGGGGUCACGGUGCAGCGCGUCCGUGCGUCCAUGAUCACGGCCACUCGCCUGGCCGGCCUGUCGCGCGAGCUCCGCGGCGUCAAGUUCGGCAACUUCUCCUAUGUCUCCGGGCCACUGAGCCUGGGCGACCUCAAGGGGAACCGCUUUACCCUGGCCAUCCGCAAUGUGCAGGGCGAUGAGGCCACCAUCGCCGCGGCCAUCGGCUCCCUCCAGGAGAAGGGCUUCAUCAACUACUUCGGCAUGCAGCGAUUCGGCACCGGCUUCGUCCCAACUCACAAAAUUGGUGAGAUGAUGCUCCGCCGCGACUACCAGGGGGUCUUCCACACGGUGAUCUCCUCUCUGGCCCAGGGGUCCGGCAACACUGGGCUCAUGGAUGCCUUCCAGGCGUAUGUUGCCCAGCCGACGGUCCCGAUGCUGGAGAAGAUCCUCCCGCACUUGGAAUCCCGUCACUUGAUCGAGAUUUCCUUCGUCAAGUCCCUGAUCCAGCAUGGGCCGACCUCCUUCCAAAACGCCUUCUCCUCGCUUCCCCGCCACUUGCGUUCGCUGUAUGCCCAUAGCCUCCAGAGCUUGAUCUGGAAUCGUGCCGUCAGCGAGCGCGUUCGCCGGUUCGGCCUGGUCCCGGUGGUGGGUGAUCUGGUCUUGGACCCGGCUUCGCGCGGCACGGCUGACGGCCUUGUCGCCGAUGACGCGGAGGAUGCCGCUGUCCUGGUCGACGCCCAGGCUGGCAACGAGAAGAAGCCCAUCGCCAAGGCCAUCGCCAUCACCGAGGAUACCCUGGCAAACUACACCAUCGAUGAUGUGGUUCUACCCAUGGCCGGUGCGGAUAUUCUCUUCCCCCCCAAUAUGCAGGACUUCUACAAUGCCGAGUUCGCCAAGCUUGAGAUGGAUCUCCAGGCCUUUAAGGAGCAGGCCACCAAGCUCGUCAUUUAUGGCGCUUAUCGCCCGCUCCUUGGUCGUGUCCAGCAGCUCGAGUGGUCGACCAUGCGCUACGCCGAUGUCAAUGACCACCUCAUGCUCACCGACAUGGAUCGUAUUGAGAGCCCGGAUAUGCCAGAGCCUGUGUCCAACCCGGAUGGCCAGUACCUUGCUCUCCUCAUGUCCUUCAGUCUGAACUCUUCGCACUAUGCCACCAUGGCCCUGCGAGAGAUCCUCAAGGUCGAGACCAGCAGCGCCCAGCAGACCCUCCUCUCCUAGACGCUUGUCAUGCUCCUCCUUAUCGGCCCCCUUCGCGACUCCCCUUCACAGGUGUCCCGGCCAGUCGCGCGGUUUGCUGUUUGCUGUUUGCGCUCUGCACACGCAUACCUCCUCCCCCCUUGUCCUUCCCCUCGGCCCAGUGGUCUAGAAUACACUUGAGAACUGACUCGCAGGCAGCGCUUAGAGGUGAAAGAGCGGAUACCGCGUGAAUGUAUGUAUGUAUGUAUGUGUGUGUGUGUGAAUUCUGCCGUCAGACAGCCCGGACCAUCAGUGCCACGCCGCUAGUCCGAGUCGUGAUCCUCGUCGUCGGAAUAGAAGCCAGCCGAAAUGAUGGCCCCCUUGAGGAAGGAGUCACGCCGGAUCUCGCUCAGCAGGGUGGACAGAUUGUCACGUCGGCGUUCACGGACCCAGGCCUCGCCGAUGGCCGGAUGGGACGCCGGCGGCGGCGGCGGCGGCG